AAUUUGACCCAAAACACAAUUUAAAAAAAAAAUCAAUUCUAUUAGGUCGAAUUGAUCAAAACUAGAUGAAAUCGGAUCAAUUGCCAUCCCUAAUUGCGGGUAUUAUGUUCGUAAUGAUAACUGAAAUCAAAUUUAUUGUACUCCAAAAGGAAAAAGAGUAAACAGAAGGGACGCCAAUGACUCUUGGGUCAAGUCCAAGCUUCAAGAAUUUUUCUUUUUCUUUCAUCAAGCUCGAGAUUUAAGAGGGCGAUUAAGACUAAAACAUAAAUCACGAAAAGAAAAAAAGAAAAAAAUACUUGCAGUCUUUCAUGGGGACAUCACCGUGGCUAUGUUGUAAACACGGUAUCCCCGUUUGUGUUGCGGUCUUCUUUUUCCUGGUUGUUUCUUCUGUUCUGUCCAAGUCUCCUACCCUCGGUAUCCAUCCCUUAGAUAAGAAGUAUUUUGAUGCGGAGGUCAUCAAGUGUAAGGAUGGGUCCAAAUCAUUUACCCGAGACCGUCUUAACGAUAACUUCUGUGACUGCAUCGACGGCACCGAUGAGCCUGGGACUUCAGCUUGCCCAGCAGGCAAAUUUUACUGUAGGAAUGCAGGAAGUAUACCUCAAUUAAUUUUUUCUUCUCAUGUUAAUGAUCGUUUUUGUGAUUGCUGUGAUGGAAGUGAUGAGUAUGAUGGUGGCAUCAUGUGUCCUAACACAUGCAUCAUGGGUGGUAAUAUCGAGUAUAAAUCUGAAAAUUAUAUUUCUGCAACAAGUCAUCUGCACUCUACUAAACUGAAGGAAAGGAAAAUUGGAAUUACUUUGGAUGAUUUGAUUCAGACACUUCCAGGGCAGAUAUGGAGCAGGGAUGCACUCCCCACACACUUGCACGCACCCUUCAUUCCCAAUCCUGUGUUUGAAGAUGAUAACAAUGGCAGAGAUGGCUCUUGGUUGUUUUCUGGUGGUUAAGUGGAUACAUUAUAAGCGCGUGAAGUCUAAGAAAAGACAUCAUAGAUGAAGCAAUCUACCAUUGGUUCACAAAUUUAUUUAUGGUAAUAAUUUAGAAUAUCUUUUUCUUCUGUUUUUCACUUUCUUUUCCUUUUUUACCCCCAUCCUUACCAAAACAUGUUAAUAUAUUCUUUAGAAGGUUCCCUUGGACGCAUGUUGAGGAAGGAGUGGAGGGGUUAUCCAGCCUUCUGUUUCUAACUUUACUUUUGUAAUUCAUCUAGACUUAGGCUUAUAGGAUUGAGACUAUAUCAUUGACGUUGGUGCAUCAAUUGCGUAAACUUGUAUAGCUGCAAAAAGGUCUAGACAUAAGAGAAUACUACUCAAUUAUAGUCGGUAGCUUUGAAAUGGAUUCUGUGUAAUUUAUGUGAUCUUUUAGGUAUGUGCUUUUUUGUUUCAUUUUUUCGCCUCCACAAUCAACAUUGGAAAAAAUUGCUGAGAAAAUAAAAAAAAAGUGGGAAGCUGUCCACGACCCUACUUUUCUAUCCUAAGCCUGAAUGGUCUCCCAAUAAAUGGCCAAGCUUAUGCAAAAAUUUAAGAUUCGUAGGCGAGGGUAAAAUUUUGGGGUUCAAUUAAAGUUCAAGUAUUACACUAAUAAAAAGGUUUAAAGUCCGGCCUAAAAGAAUGAAAACAACUUUUAUACUAUUUGAUGAAAGAGGUUAAUUUUUGUAUGAUUAAUGAGAUUGAUUUUGAUAAAAUUAAAAACAACAAUGAUGAUAAGAGUAGCUAUUGGAGUAAUUAGAUUGAGUAUUGUAGCUAUAAGAUUGUGUAUUAUAAUUGUGAUAUUAAAGUUAGUAGUAGGACAUGUAUUUAGAUACCAA